CGUUUAGUUUCGUACUAAAGCUCGGGCGGAAUGGAAUUCUAAGUGAUAGCGCGAAAGAUUAGAAAUUGUGUUUGUCCCCCCCCUAGAGCGUGUGGAUUCAAUUGGAGAAGGCUCUGAAGGGCUGUUCCCUUUUUUGGUUUUUCUUUCUUUCGAUUGUGGAAAAUUUAGAAAAAGCGUCGUUUUUGUGAAAUUUGAAGACCCAGUGUUUUAAGGGGCUGUUUCAGGGAUUGGAAAAUCGUUUAGUUUCACAAGUGGUGAUCAAAAGGAUGCUAAGUGAGCAUUAACGAGGGCCAAAAAGUGAUUUCGAGUGAUAAAUCCAAAAGAAGUCUCGGAAGCAGCCGGAAGUAACUGGAACAGCAGCAGCCGGAAACCGCGUAACUUGAGCGUCGUCACCGCGGGAACCGCUCAGCCCUUCGGGGGCCUCCCCUCGCGCCAUCAUGUCGUCCGUUAAGGUGGCGGUCCGAGUGCGGCCCUUCAACUCACGCGAAAUAGCACGGGACUCGAAAUGCAUCAUCGAAAUGGCCGGCAACACGACGUGCAUCACAAAUCCGAAGGUGCCGCCGGGGACGAGCGAUUCGGUCAAGCGGUUCAAUUACGAUUACUCCUACUGGUCUCAUGAUCCGCAUGACUCGGACUUCUCAACCCAAGCGAUGGUGUACUCCGACAUCGGAGAGGAGAUGUUGCAGCACUCCUUCGAUGGGUACAACGUGUGCAUAUUCGCUUACGGCCAAACUGGUGCCGGCAAAUCGUACACGAUGAUGGGCAAACAGGAGGAGGGCCAGGAAGGCGUCAUACCCAUGAUUUGCAAAGAUCUGUUCCUGCGAAUACAGGAAACCGAAUCGGAUGAUCUGAAAUACUCGGUAGAGGUGUCCUACAUGGAAAUCUACUGCGAACGGGUUCGGGAUCUGCUGAAUCCGAAGAACAAGGGUAAUCUCAAAGUGCGCGAACAUCCACUGCUCGGACCGUACGUGGAAGAUUUGUCGAAACUAGCCGUCACUUCCUAUCAGGACAUUCACGAUUUGAUCGAUGAAGGCAACAAGGCGAGAACCGUUGCCGCCACCAAUAUGAAUGAAACGAGUUCCCGUUCCCAUGCUGUGUUUACUAUAUUCUUUACCCAGCGUCGGUCCGACAAAAUGACCGGCCUGGACACGGAAAAAGUGUCCAAAAUCAGCCUGGUCGAUUUGGCCGGCUCCGAACGGGCGGAUUCGACUGGGGCCAAGGGCACCCGGCUAAAGGAGGGUGCCAACAUCAACAAAAGUUUGACCACCCUCGGCAAGGUCAUUUCCGCACUAGCCGAAGUGGCAUCCAAGAACAAAAAGUCCAAAAAGGCGGACUUUAUUCCGUACCGUGAUUCCGUCUUGACAUGGCUGUUGCGCGAAAAUCUCGGCGGAAAUUCCAAAACGGCCAUGAUUGCCGCCAUUUCGCCGGCCGACAUCAACUACGACGAAACGCUGAGCACGUUGAGAUACGCGGAUCGUGCCAAACAGAUUGUCUGCAAGGCCGUCGUCAACGAAGACGCGAACGCCAAACUCAUCCGGGAGCUCAAGGAAGAAAUCCAAAAGCUCCGGGAACUGCUCAAAGCAGAAGGCAUCGAGGUGCAGGAAGGACCGGACGGUAAAGUGGUUUGUGAAAAGCGAGAUGCUAAUAAGGAUGACUGCAUUAAGCUGGAGAAAGGUGAUGGCUCCGUUGAAGGCAGCGGCAACGGUGAAACCGUGGGUUCCGGUGGCACUGGCGAUGGUGAGCUGGAGAAGAAAAUCUGCUCCCCCAACAGGCUACGCAAACGUACCGGUUCCAGCACCGAGAUGGCCGUAGAUCAGCUCCAGGCCAGCGAGAAGCUGAUUGCCGAGCUCAACGAGACAUGGGAGGAGAAGUUGAAACGCACCGAACAGAUCCGGGUGCAGCGGGAGGCUGUCUUUGCCGAGAUGGGUGUUGCAGUCAAGGAGGACGGCAUCACCGUGGGCGUCUUUUCGCCCAAGCAAACGCCCCAUCUGGUGAAUCUGAACGAGGACCCGACACUGUCGGAGUGUCUGCUAUACUACAUUAAGGAUGGCUUAACGCGGCUCGGAACAUCGGAGGCAAACGUUCCGCAGGAUAUUCAACUGUCGGGUUCGCACAUCCUGAAGGAGCACUGUGUGUUCGAGAAUAAGGAUGCUGUCGUGACGUUGGUGCCGCACAAGGAUGCGUUGGUUUAUCUUAAUGGUCGGAAGCUCGUUGAGCCAGAAGUGCUGCAAACCGGGUCCCGUGUCAUUUUGGGACGGAACCAUGUGUUCCGUUUCACUCACCCGGAACAGGCCCGGGAGAAACGCGAAAAAACUAAGGAUGUCUGCGAGACCCCGGGCACCAACGGUGAAGUUGCCGACUGGAACUUUGCUCAGUGCGAGCUGCUCGAGAAGCAAGGUAUCGAUUUGAAGGUGGAAAUGGAGAAGCGUUUGUGCGCCCUGGAGGAGCAGUUCAAGCGUGAGAAGUUGGCCGCUGAUCAGGAGUUUGAGGAACAGCGCAAGACUUACGAGGCGCGUAUUGAUGCCCUGCAAAAACAAGUUGAGGAGCAAUCGAUGACAAUGUCAAUGUAUAGCAGCUAUAGCCCAGAAGAUUUCCACCAGGAAGAAGAUAUUUUCGUCAACCCCCUGUUCGAAUCCUGCUGGACAGCACGGGAGGCUGGAUUGGCAGCGUGGGCCUUCCGCAAGUGGCGUUUCCAUCAGUUUACCUCCCUACGUGACGACCUGUGGGGUAAUGCCAUUUUCCUCAAGGAAGCAAACGCAAUCUCAGUUGAGCUGAAGAAGAAGGUACAGUUCCAAUUCACGUUACUAACCGACACACUGUACUCACCACUUCCACCGGAACUCGUACCGUCGUCGAUGAGCGGAAGUGCUCUGACCAAUGGUCAGGAGGAUGAAUUCGGUCAGGCACCCAAUCCACGCACGAUCGUUGCGGUUGAGGUCACUGAUACCAAAAACGGAGCCACCCACUACUGGAGUCUGGAGAAGUUACGGCAACGGCUGGAAUUGAUGCGGGAAAUGUACCACAACGAGGCGGAACUGAGCCCAACCUCUCCGGAUUACAAUGUGGAAAGCUUGACCGGUGGCGAUCCAUUCUACGAUCGGUUCCCGUGGUUCCGCAUGGUUGGAAGGUCGUUCGUGUACUUGAGCAACUUGCUAUAUCCGGUUCCGUUGGUUCACAAGGUGGCCAUCGUCAACGAGCGCGGUGACGUUCGGGGAUAUCUGCGGGUGGCCGUUCAACCGGUGAUGGACGAGGAAAAUGCCGACUUCAACAACGGCGUGAAACAGUCUGCUCGGAUCUUGUUCGACGAGGAGCAGAGCGGAAAUCAUAAAAUCCCGAAGAUCCGCACCAUCCACGAUAAGGACGAGAAGUACAUCGAGGGCUCACAUGACAUCAUGAAGCUGGAGGAACUGGAACAGGAAGAUGCGGACUCGGGCCGUGGAGAUUCGAGCGUUGCCUCCGAGUUGCACGAAUCGAACGAACAGGAACCGGGCGAACAUUUGCAGCCCGGCAAGGAGUUCACCUUCCGGGUUACGGUGCUCCAGGCAACGGGAAUUGCCGCCGAGUAUGCAGACAUUUUCUGCCAGUUUAAUUUCUUGCACCGUCAUGAGGAAGCUUUCUCUACGGAACCUGUGAAGAAUUCUGGAUCAGGAGCACCACUUGGAUUUUAUCAUGUACAGAAUAUCACCGUGCCGGUUACCAAAUCCUUCAUCGAGUAUCUGAAGACGCAACCGAUCGUCUUUAAGGUGUUCGGCCACUACCAGCACCAUCCGUUGCACAAGGACGCCAAACAGGAUUGUCACCAGAUCACUCGCCCGCCGCCACGCCGGAUGCUCCCGCCUAGCAUCCCGAUCAGCCAGCCGGUGCGCAGUCCCAAGUUCGGACCGCUGCCGUGCCCUCCCUCGUCAACAGUAUUAGCCAAGCACGAUGUUUUGGUAUGGUUCGAAAUCUGCGAACUGGCCCCGAACGGUGAGUACGUUCCGGCCGUGGUAGAUCACAGCGAUGAUCUACCGUGCCGUGGACUGUUCCUGCUGCAUCAGGGCAUUCAGCGUCGGAUAAGGAUAACGAUCGUACACGAACCUACGCCGGAAAUCAAAUGGAAGGACAUCCGGGAGCUGGUGGUCGGACGCAUCCGUAACCAACCGGAACCGGCCGACGAGCUGGACGAUGCAGACUCCUGUGUCCUCUCGUUGGGAUUGUUCCCGGGUGAGAUGUUGGAGGUGCCCGGAGACGAUCGUUCCUUCUAUCGCUUCGAAGCGGCCUGGGAUUCCAGCUUGCACAAUUCGACCUUGCUCAAUCGUGUGACACAAACGGGCGAACAGAUCUUCAUUACGCUCAGUGCAUAUCUUGAAUUGGAAAACUGCGCCCGCCCAGCUAUCAUUACCAAGGACCUGAGUAUGAUCAUCUACGGCAGAGACGCCCGCACCGGACCCCGUUCCUUGAAGCAUCUGUUCUCGGGCCAGUACCGUAAUCCGGAGGCGAACCGUCUGUCCGGGGUGUACGAACUGUCCCUCAGGAGAGCUUCCGAAGCAGGUAGUCCAGGAGUACAAAGAAGGCAACGGCGCGUUCUGGACACUAGCUCGACAUACGUCAGGGGUGAGGAAAAUCUGCACGGAUGGCGUCCACGUGGCGAUUCGCUCAUCUUCGACCAUCAGUGGGAGCUGGAGAAACUUACCCGUCUCGAAGAGGUCGGCCGGGUCAGGCAUCUGCUAAUGCUUCGCGAACGGCUUGGAAUGGACACCACACCAAACCCAACCACCAAGACCGAGAAGGAGGUGUGCAAUCUGGCCCAGAGAGCGAGCGCAUCCCCCGUUCACAUGGUCAUUCCGCCGUCUCCUCAAACCCCAGUCAAGGAUCAGUCAUCUCCCUGCCUACCAGAACGGGAGCUUACGCCCAGAGAGAACGAGCUGGUGUGGAAGUGUGUCAAGUUGAUCCAGGGACGUAUCACCACCAAGUCCGAUCCCAGCGAUUCCUCCAGCCAGCUAGCCGUGGACGCUUCUCCGGGCGAUGAAGGCUGUGCGGACAUGAACGCCAGCUACAUUUCGGGCAACUCCAUCGAACUGUGCUCACCGGAUCGGGUCGACGUUCCGAACGGAUGGGAAGCACCGGCACCUGCACCACAGACCCAGGAGAUGCCCUUGCGGCUGUACGUUCCGGAGCUGGAGGAAAUCCGCGUGAGUCCGGUGGUCGCACGCAAAGGUUACCUGAACGUGUUGGAACACGGAGGAUCGGGCUGGAAGAAACGAUGGGUCAUCGUGCGAAGGCCGUACGUAUUUAUAUUCCGCUCCGAUAAGGACCCGGUUGAGCGGGCGGUUUUGAAUCUGGCCACUGCACACGUCGAAUGCAGUGAAGAUCAGGCAGCCAUGGUAAAGGUUCCCAAUACGUUUAGUGUGGUGACUAAACAUCGGGGAUAUCUAUUACAAACCCUUGGAGACAAGGAAGUGCACGAUUGGUUGUAUGCCAUCAACCCUCUACUGGCCGGUCAGAUCAGAUCCCGGCUUUCCCGAAGGAAUGUCACCGGCGGCGGUACCGAUCCGGCAUUGUCGGGCACCCCAUCUGCGCUGAUGCUGGCAACGGCCCAGCAGGCUGCCGGCCAGCACCAACAGCAACAGCAGCAGUUGAUCAGUUCCGGUGGCAAAUGAGAUACGAUCACGAUGGAGUCGGUGCUGGUGUAUUAGGAAGCUAAAAUCCACCCAGCACGCAACAACGCAUACUUAGUAGUGACAGAGAAAAAAAACAACGGGCGAUCCUCUAAGGAUCGUUUAGUUUUGGGAAAAGUUAUGGUGCAAGGUGCUUCGCUUAUCGGGAAUACGUUGUUUAGGCACGUGUUUUAGGUUUUUAUUUUAAGAUUUUUUUUUGAAAUUAGUUUAGAGCCUGGUGCUCUCUUGUUUUUAUUAAAUUUUGUAGUUUCCGUUGAUGAUUGUGUUCAAGAUGUAGGGGAAUCAAAAGUUUUAAACUGCUAGUUAUACGACUCCAUCGGAUGUAGGGGCAAUAGUUCUUCUACUAGAAAGAAUGACGCGAACAUUAAGAAAAAGUAUUUUUCAGGCUGUAGAAAAUAGUAUAUAAAGCUAUAUAUAUUUUUGUAUACAUACAUUUAAGUUGAACCGAUCUGGUGUUGUAAAUAAUUGUUGAUUUUUAUUUAGGGGUAGCGGUUUUCAUAUUAAGUCCGGAGUUCAGAUUGAGGGAAAACGGUUUUUUUUUCUUCAGGGAAAAUUCACAGGGAAAGCGUAUUUCCAUCUCACGAUGUGUCAUCUGGUCUAGCAUCCACCGAGUUUAACGUUCUUUCGGAAGAUUUACUGAACUUCACCGGAACCUCAGUGCAAAUAUCGAAUGACCAGGCUCAAAACACGGGUACCUAAGAAAUGACAGUGUAAGAUUUUGAAAAAAGAAACAACUUUUGGGAUAAAACUUUACACCGAAACCGAGUAACAGGAAUUUUACCAUCAAAUUAACCAAAACAGAAAAAAAGAUGAAUAGUUUCCAAUCCAAGGUGCUGCUCAAAGCCCUCGAAACGUCUAGGAUCGAGAAUCGUGAUAUGUUUAAACUACUACUUAUAUAUUCCAUUAACGUUUUAAGUUAAAUGCUUAUUUUGCUCGGUUCUGCCUUAACAUUUGAAACUGAUCACACACUGAGGUAGUGUUAGAUAAGUCUACAAAAUAAAAGAAAAAGAAAUGAAAAGAUAAUAAAACAAUAAACUUGAUAUUAUAAUUACAGAAUAAAAGUUUAAUGCAAGUUUAGAUCAAGUAAACAAAUCAAAAACAAGAAAAUACAGAAAAAAAAACAUUAUUCAACGUAUAAACUGAAACCAGUGGAAAAAAACUCAAUAGAGAUAUGUGUAUAACUUUUCGUUUGACAAGUACUAAGAAAAAAGACGCAUGAAGUACGAAACACAAACAUUAUCACAGACACUUUCACACAUCUUCUGAUCGAAGCAAAAUCGCAAACGGCAUAUUCGCACACAAAAUGGUGAGGCAUUUUCACUCUGGAAAAUAGUAUACACCCACUCAAAAAUAGCUACUAAUCUACUACAUUACAGUCAGUAUUCCGGAACCAGAACAAACCGAAACAAAAAUCUUAACUCUUAAACCCUCUAACUAGACUCUUAUUGAUGCAAUAAAAUCGGAAAUGUUUGAAUGGUUGAAGAAAUUUUGAGGCAUCAGUUUUGAUACCGUCUAUGCGCAAUGAAUGAGAAACUAAUCCUACUAAAAGCAAACAAACAAAAUUGUGGAAAUUAUUUUCGGUUUAUCAGUUGCUUGGGCGUGAAAUAAUCCAUACAUUAAAAAACCGUUAUUCAAGCAUUUAGAUUUGGAGGUUUUUAACAAGUUUCCAACAGUUUUUUUUUUAAAUCGGCAACUCCAAUAGUGGAAAUUCUCAACAAUCGGUAUUAUUUUUCAGUAACAGUUUGGAUUAAUUCACAAAUUGUUUUUGUAAAUUAAAGAACAAACGAUACAUUUUAUUAGCUGUUCACAUACAAAGCAAAAAGAAGGUAACUCAUUGCAAACUAGAGAAAAAUGGGAAAGAAAAAUAACGUUUGAACUGAAUAAAAACUCAUACAGACGUUUAGGUUCAAAUGGUUAUUCAGCAUUAAAAUUGGAAGUGAAAAAUAAAAGAAAGGCUUGUGCAAAGAAAUGGCAAAAUAGUAUAUGUAGAAACAACACAACAACAAAACACGCUUGAAAGUUCGAUUUAGGAAAAAAAAACAAA